AUGGCCCGUACCAAGCAGACCGCGCGCAAGUCCACCGGCGGCAAAGCCCCGCGCAAGCAGCUCGCGACCAAAGCCGCGCGCAAGUCGGCCCCGACCGCGGGCGGCGUGAAGAAGCCGCACCGCUACCGCCCGGGCACUGUCGCGCUGCGCGAGAUCCGCAAGUACCAAAAGUCGACCGACCUGUUGAUCCGCAAACUGCCGUUCCAGCGCCUCGUGCGCGAGAUCGCGCAGGACUACAAGACGGACCUGCGGUUCCAGAGCACGGCCAUCUUGGCGCUGCAAGAGGCGUCCGAGGCCUACCUCGUGGGCCUCUUUGAGGACACGAACCUGUGCGCGAUCCACGCCAAGCGCGUCACGAUCAUGCCCAAGGACAUUCAGCUCGCGCGGCGCAUUCGCGGCGAGCGCACGUGA